AUGGAUCAGUGUGAGGACAGAGAGGAGGGAGUCCCUCCCUCUAAAACCACUCUGUGUGGGGAAGAUGAGAGCCAGAGCAAAGGUCAGAGGAUCCAUCAGAGACUCAAACCAGAACCAAAACCAGAACCAGAACCCAGCUGUGUGUCCUUUAAGAGUGACUGGUCAAACCCUCGUCUCAUUCACUUUAAAUCUCCUGGAUCUCCACCAUCAGAGAGAGUGGACCAGCAGAGCUCAGAGGUUCCCAGUUGUCCGUCUGCCCAGCAGCAUCAAACACAGCUGGACUCCAUAUUUAUGACGCUGGAGGACAACAUUGUCACUUUUCUGAAGAACGAACUGAAGAAGAUCCAUAAGAUUCUGAGUCCAAAUGACCCAGAAUGCUCAGAGAGUCAGAGAGAUGAUGAUGAGGGGUUGGAAGGUGAGGAUGAAGAGCAGAGGAGGAGCAGCAGAGAGGCAGUGAUGAAGAUCACACUGAACUUCCUGCGGAGGAUGAAGCAGGAGGAGCUGGCUGACCGUCUGGAGAAACGUCUUGCUCCAGUUUUUCAACAUCAACUUAAAUCUGGUUUGAAGAAGAGGUUCCAGUCUGUGUUUGAGGGGAUUGCUAAAGCAGGAAGUCCAACCCUUCUGAACCAGAUCUACACAGAGCUCUACAUCACAGAGGGAGGGACUGGAGAGGUCAAUGAUGAACAUGAGGUCAGACGGAUUGAAACAGCAUCCAGGACACCACACAGACCAGAAACAACAAUCAGACAAGAAGACAUCUUUAAAGUCCCACCUGGAAGAGAUCAACCAAUCAGAACAGUGAUGACAAAGGGAGUGGCUGGCAUUGGGAAAACAGUCCUAACACAGAAGUUCACUCUGGACUGGGCUGAAGACAAAGCCCACCAGAACAUCCAGUUCAUAUUUCCAUUCACGUUCAGAGAGCUGAAUGUGCUGAAGGAGAAAACGUUCAGCUUGGUGGAACUUGUUCAUCACUUCUUUACUGAAACCAAAGAAAUCUGCAGCUUUGAACACUUCCAGGUUCUGUUCAUCUUUGAUGGCCUGGAUGAGAGUCGACUUCCUCUGGACUUCCACAACAAGGAGAUCCUGACUGAUGCUACAGAGUCCACCUCAGUGGACGUUCUGCUGACAAACCUCAUCAGGGGGAAACUGCUUCCCUCUGCUCUCCUCUGGAUAACCACACGACCUGCAGCAGCCAAUCAGAUCCCUCCUCAGUGUGUUGGCAUGGUGACAGAGGUCAGAGGGUUCAAUGACCCACAGAAGGAGGAGUACUUCAGGAAGAGAUUCAGAGAUAAGGAGCAGGCCAACAGGAUCAUCUCCCACAUAAAGACAUCACGAAGCCUCCACAUCAUGUGCCACAUCCCAGUCUUCUGCUGGAUCACUGCUACAGUUCUGGAGGAUGUGUUGGAGACCAGAGAGGGAGGAGAGCUGCCCAGAACCCUGACUGAGAUGUACAUCCACUUCCUGGUGGUUCAGACCAAAGUGAAGAAGGUCAAGUAUGAUGGAGGAGCUGACACAGAUCCACACUGGAGUCCAGAGAGCAGGAAGAUAAUUGAGUCUCUGGGAAGACUGGCUUUUAAUCAGCUGCAGAAAGGAAACCUGAUCUUCUAUGAAUCAGACCUGACAGAGUGUGGCAUCGAUAUCAGAGCAGCCUCAGUGUACUCAGGAGUGUUCACACAGAUCUUUAAAGAGGAGAGAGGUCUGUACCAGGACAAGGUGUUCUGCUUCGUCCAUCUGAGUGUUCAGGAGUUUCUGGCUGCUCUUCAUGUUCGUCUGACCUUUAUCAACUCUGGUUCUGACGUAAUGAAAGAAACACAAAGAUCUAAGAAAUCUUCAUUACUUAAUAAAUCUGACCUAAAAUCUCUCCAUCAGAGAGCUGUUGACCAGGCCUUACAGAGUCCAAAUGGACACCUGGACUUGUUCCUCCGCUUCCUCCUGGGACUUUCACUGCAGACCAAUCAGAGACUUCUAAAAGGUCUGCUGUCAAAGACGGGAAGUAGAUUACAGACCAAUCAGAAAACAGUUCAGUACAUCAAGGAGAAGAUCAGUAAGAAUGUGUCUGCAGAGAAAAGCAUCAAUCUGUUCCACUGUCUGAAUGAACUGAAUGAUCGUUCUCUAGUGGAGGAGAUCCAACAGUCUCUGAGUUCAGGAAGUCUCUCCACAGAUAAACUGUCUCCUGCUCAGUGGUCAGCUCUGGGUUUCAUCUUAGUGUCAUCAGGAAAAGAUCUUGAUGUGUUUGACCUGAAGAAAUACUCUGCUUCAGAUGAGGCUCUUCUGAGGCUGCUGCCAGUGGUUAAAGCCUCCAAUAAAGCUCUACUGAGUGGCUGUAACCUCUCAGAGAGAAGCUGUGAAGCUCUGUCCUCAGUUCUCAGCUCCCAGUCCUCCAGUCUCAGAGAACUGGACCUGAGUAACAACAACCUGCAGGAUUCAGGAGUGAAUCUUCUCUCUGCUGGACUGAAGAGUCCAAACUGCAACCUGGAAAUUCUCAGCUUAUCAGGCUGUUUGGUCUCAGAGGAAGGCUGUGUUUCUCUGGCCUCAGCUCUGACCUCCAACCCCUCCCAUCUGAAAGAGUUGGACCUGAGCUACAAUCAUCCAGGAAACUCAGGAGUGAAGCUGCUGUCGGCUGGACUGAAGGAUCCACACUGGAGACUGGAAGCUCUCAGGGUGGAGCCUGCUGGAGUCCCAUUCUUGACACCAGGUCUGAGGAAGUAUUCCUGUCAACUCACCAUCGACACAAACACAGUGAACAGAUUCCUCAAACUGUCUGAAGACAACAGGAAGGUGACACUUUUGGAGGAGCUUCAGUCAUAUCCUGAUCAUCCAGACAGAUUUGAUUUCAAUCCUCAGCUGCUGUGUAGAACUGGUCUGACUGGUCGCUGUUACUGGGAGGUCGAGUGGAGAGGAUAUGUUUAUAUAUCAGUGAGUUACAGAAGAAUCAGGAGGAAAAGAGACAGUAGAGACUGUUUGUUUGGAUAUAAUGAUCAUUCCUGUAGUCUGAGAUGCUCUGAUGUUGAUGGUUACUCUGUCUGUCACAAUAAGAUAAAAACUCGUCUCUCCUCCUCCUCUGUCUCUAACAGAGUAGCAGUGUAUGUGGACUGUCCUGCUGGCAUUUUGUCCUUCUACAGAGUUUCCUCUGACUCACUGAUCCUCCUCCACACCUUCAACACCACAUUCACUGAACCUCUGAUUCCUGGAUUUACAGUCUGGUGGUCUAGUUCUGGUUCCUCUUCAGUGUUUCUGUGCUGAGUUGAGUCUAAAGAGUCUAAAGAUUUUCCUCCUGUUAGAGAAACUCUCUCACUGUUGAACAGAUAGUUUAGUCUCUACAAUCUAUUUCUUGGUGAAACAAUUCUGAUUGAGUCCUUGGAAACUUUUUCUUCUUCCAGUCCUUUAAAUAUGGAAGCUGGGAUUAUUCCAGGAUUAUUCCAGGAUCCUCAUGUUUUCCUGUUUCCAGUCAAAGCUUCACACUGAAUAUCAAGAUGUUUGACAUGUUCGGAUUUAAUCUUCUGACCCACAUGCAGAAAUCAACAAGUUCAAUUGGGUUUAGGUUUUAUUUCCUUCAAACAACUAGCAACAAUUUACAGGUUUCCUCGAUGUGUCAGGGAGUGGCAGUGUCAGGGAGUGGCAGUGUCAUGCGAUCCGUGGUGUCUGAAAUGAGAGUUGGGUUAUUGGUGGCCAGUAAUAAGUUGAUCCGAUGCAAUGUAUAAGCUUACUUUGGAAUGGACUUGGUGAAGCGUGGAAGAAAAGUGCCCAGGGGUCCUGUGUGGAGAUGAGGGGGAAUGGUGGAGCAGGCAGGUAGGUUGGUACUUGCUGGGGAGUUUCACAGGAGGGAAAACAGUUGAACUGAUUCUUCUAGAGAGGUCCAGUGACAAAAACCUAAAGGAAGCAAAAACGAGAGCUAUGAACUUCAGGUAGGUUCUCAAGAGACUGAUCAAAAGCUAAAAAUAGCCGACAACAAGAGGUGGCCAGAGUGACUACCAGUAGACGUUAAUCAUCCAGUGCUGAGUGAAGGCUCUGCUGUGCCUUUAUCCCCAGCACUCUGAUGAGGCCGAUGAGCUCCACCUGUGAAGGCUGCCCAGGCUCUCCACCAAGAUCCUCGCUGGAAGAGAUGCAUUACUCGCACUCGCACACACGCACACAGGAACCCUGACAUUGUUGUUUCUCUUAUUUUUUUCCUUUCAUUCAUCAGAUUUCAUUGAAAUUGUGGUGGGACACCACAUUGUGUUAGUAUUUUUCUUUAUAUUAGUUACAGUUUAUAUGUUUAAGUUUAUUUCAUUUAGACAUAUUUUCUAAUGGGUGCACACUUUAGUUAAUGUCUGUCUGAAUGGUUUAUGUACACUUGUUUUUUGUUUGAGGUGCUUCUGAUGCAAACCAGCUGGAGGAGGAAACCUGGAGCAUAACAUAUGUUUUUUCAAAGACUGAAGGGGGGAGACUUGUCAAGUUUUUAAUUAGUUAAUUUUGUCACUUAAAUAUUCACUUAUUAUUGUUUUUGCUAAGUAAGAGUUAGUUUUGCUUUAUUUGUUUCAUAGAAUGCUUUAGUUCAUUUUGUAUUUAUUUGUUCCUUUGUUAUGUCGUGCCUCCCUCAUGUGGUAGAUUUAGAUUACCCCACCCCUAUUUAAGCAGCAUUUUGUUCUUUGUUUGCAGGUCAGUUUUGUUUAUGUUCAGUUGACCUAAGUUAAAUUGGGCCCAAAAUUGUUAUUUAUUCUUUGACUUAUUUUUUUGCAUUAAAUCUUUAUGUUUUGCUUGUUAAUUUUGGAAGAAUUAAAUGGAACUUUUUCUACUUUGAACAUUUUUUUGUCCUCGUUUGAGUCUGGUCCUUCACAGAAAUGUUUGUCAGUUUUUCUCAAUCACUGAU